AUGGGUCUCGGCCUCAACGCCCCUGCAGUCCCAAGCAGCCUAUCCAAGGAAGUCGCUAUGGGCGCUGCAGAAGACACAGCAGGAGCGAUCGACCUUACAGACAUCCCAGCAACAGCCGCUGAGCCAGCAGUCCUCGCACCUACGUCCGUACCACUUGACGACAUCGCCAUGGUCGACGUCCCAGUCUCAGAUGUACCAGCCGCUAUCAUCGCGGAGGCCUCGACAGCCACUCCAGCGCACCUCGUUUCCAACGUCACCACCCUCCCUCAGCCCUCGCCCCGGCCGCCCAUUUCGCCGACCCUCGAUCCCUCCCCAAUCACCCCGCCGCCCAGAGAAGAUCCUGCUCCUCUCGCAGAUGACGUCGACACAAGCAGUCUCCCAAGUUGGGGGAGGCAGCAGAAGAGAUCUCCGUCCCCUUCGACCCCGCUGCGGCCAGCGAAGGCGCUCCUCAUACAGGGCGUCGAAAUCCCGACGGCGGAGCAGGUCGUUGCUGAGGCUGCCACUGGCGUGGAGGGCGUGCUGCCUGAGGAAGUUAGUGUGGCGGGAAGUCAGAAGGCGAGGGAAGAGGAGGCGCUUCGGGAGGCGGCUGUGCAGGGGGAGAUUGGAGGCUUCAAGGCUGUGGAGGCGGGGAAGGAGGUAGAGGAAGGAGUUGCUGGGAAGGCUGAGGAGGGAGGUGAGGGUGCAGGGAGUGACGGGGUGUUGGAUUUGCUGGGUGGGUUGGAAAGGGACAUCGAGGAGCAGCAGGGUGUGGGUGAGCAGUGA